UCAGCUCAGCUCUCAGCCAAGGCCCUUCCUAGCAAGAUGACUCCUACCAGCUUCUUCCUCCUUACAUUGCUCCUGGUUCUGGUGACAGAACCAGCUUCGGGGAGAUUCCGUGAAAAAUUUUCACAAACAUCUGAAGACCAGUCUAGUGAAACCUCUGAAAUAAUGGCAGCAGGGAGCAGCAUCACUGAGGAAGUCUAUGAGGAAAGGAAGUAUAAACACACUGGUGAUAGCAGUGCUGGUGACAAGUCAAGUUUAUCUGCAGGGGAACUAGAGCGGUCUUACACAGGGAGAAAGGAAAAGCAACGGUUUUCACAAGAAGUAGGUAAAUGAUGUGACUGUGGACCAACUGAGGACCUGGACCAAUAUGAAGGAGUCGGCUUGUUUGGAUGAAGCCUGUAAUAUCUUCAGGAUGGAAACUCCA